AGUAAAAUGCUGUGAGUUUGUCAGUAUUAGACAAAAGGGAAAAAGCCAAACAUAAAAAAACAGGCAUCCUAUUAUACAGUUACUGUGAUGCUUGACAAAAUUAAAGCUUUUAACUGAGUUUAUUUCUGUUUCAUCAUUUAGGUGUUAAUUUACUGGAUUACAGAAGUCAAGUUUAAAGACUCCAGUCACUUAGUUGCGCCAGAUCACUUCCGCCACUCUGAAUACGUAGGAAAACAUGGAAUAUUAGUUUUACGGCGCUUAACAUUUACGGUGUAACUAAACUAUGUACUGUAAUGACACGUUGCAUGCAAAUCUAAUUGAAGUCUGUUUAAUCUGACAAAGGGACAAAACUGUGGAAAGUAUUAGUCAUCGAUGGUGUCUCGGAUCAAGGAAAGUAGUCUUGUUAAAAAUGUAUUCUGGUGUCUCCCACCCACAUUGCGCUGUUUUUAGCCAUUUUUAAUUCUCUUGUUUAGUUUAUGAUCGAUUGGGAUACUUUUACAGUGUCAUUUUGGACAUAUAGUGCCUUACAGGACAACAUGCACUUCGAGCGGUGAUACAAAGUCAAGCACUGGUGGGCCUGUCUUUUGGGGGGGCAGUCGGCCUGAUGUUCCUCAUGCUAGCCUGCGGCUUGGAGCAGUAUGGAGUGUACUGGCCGCUGUUCACCCUCAUCUUCUACGUCCUGAUGCCCAUCCCCCUGCUCAUCGUCAAACGACUCGGCGAGGACGGCGACUCCUCCAGCAGCGCCUGCAGGGAGCUCGCCUUCUUCUUCGCCACGGGCAUCGUGGUGUCCUCCUUCGGCCUGCCGGUGGUUCUGGCCCGAGCCAGCGUGAUUAAGUGGGGGGCCUGUGGCUUGGUGAUGGCCGGGAACGUCGUCCUCUUCGCCACCAUCAUGGGCUUCUUCUUCGUAUUUGGCGGGGACAGCUUCAGCUGGGACUCCUGGUAAAGCAGAAUGGGACUGUGCACGUCCUGCCUGCCGGGACGUCGGGGAGAGCAGCACGAUCCGCCGGGGACCUUAAGCACUGCUUUGAUCACUGACAGUUGCUGCACCAAUGGGGUUUUUUAAUCUUUCUUACCUUUUGGGAGGGGGGUAUUUAGGCCUCCAUUCUCGCAUCUCCUCCUUGCUGGCCUUUCCCCUUCAUGUCUCACCUCCCUCCUUCCCUUCACACCCCGGCGAAGACUCCGCCUCCACCUGCACUCUCCAAACACCUUACUCCCUUUUUUUUUUUUCCCUCGCUGUAGCAGGGUGAUGUAGCAUCACCCUGCAGCUUUUGCAGAUUUGCAGAUAGAUAUAGACGGAUCACAUGCAAUCGCCUUACACUGUACAGCUCAUGCAAAAUUAUAAAUACUUUCUAUAUAUAGUAUGCGUAUGUAGUGAAUAGUCCAUGCAUUCAAAUAUUCAAUCUCAAGGUGUGUGUGUGUGUGUGUGUGUGUGCGUGCGCAUAUCUGAGGUAUGGGAAUGCAAAUGUAACUCCCUAACAAAGCACAGCCCUGCCGUGGUCCAAUAACCCACGACCAGACCUUCUGCUUGCCGUAACCAUGCCCUCUGAGAAAUUAACGAGCGUGCGAUUCCAGCCUUCUGACGCCCUUCCGGAUGUGUCCGCUCAAGAAGCUUAACAAUUAAGGCCCUGCCGAUGUUUCUCUGUAGUGCUGUGUCCUUUUCUGCAUACUAGCCGAUCCGGCUUCCACCUAAGCAUCUAUAUCGGGCUCCUCGGAUGUUCAGAAUACUCCACGGUUGUUAUGAAAAUAUCCACCUGUUACGGAGAAUAAAAACAAACGCGACAAUGUACGCUUAAUGGAUAUUAUGUAAUCGUCCCUGGUUUGGCUGUGGAUGUGGCGUCUUGCACAACUGGAGAUGUAACUUUUUAUUAUCUGAGGUUUUCCAUUGAUUGUUUACGCUGUUGGAUGUUCCACAGACGUAAUUAGACGUACCAAAGCCAAUUAGAGUAAUAGAUUACUCAGGAUUUCAGGGUUUUUUUUUUUUUAAAAAAACUACUUUAGAAAGUACAAUUUGAUUGUGCUUUCAGGUUGUUUAAAUUAAGUUAUCCGUUUAUUUAAUUAAAAUAAAUUGCCUGUUUUGUACAUUUUACCGUUUCCAAUCUUCUCCUUUUCUGUUAUGCACUGUGGUAUGUUGGGGAUUCUGUAAUUUUUGUGAAAAUGGCAUAUAUAUAUUAAACUUGUUCUUCUCCUG